AUGGAUGACUUCCAGGUAACCUGUAUUGUGACAGCUCAUCAAGGCGACUUGGAGGCGUCAGCACAGCUUCACAUCCUUGCUUCUAACUUCAUGGUCUACGAGAGUUUGGCCCUCGUCGUGGCCGGCGGCAAGAAGAGCUUUCCCGCUCGCUUCCAUCGUUCAGCGGCUCCGGGAGGCCUGGCUCUCGCGUGCCUUCCGACUCCAGAGCGAGCACCAUGGCAGCUGGAAGCCGACGGGUCCUUGACCGUCGAUGCUUCGCGGAGAUCCAGAACAGGGCUCACCAACCUCACCUUGCCAUGGCUCUCAUCGGCGCCGGGGGGCCUUUGCCAGGUCCGGAAUGCCUCCAACCAGACAUUCAGCGUGCUGGUCCUUCUGCCAGAGACAUGGGCCAAGAUUGAAUAUCCACAUGACACUCUGUAUGUGACGCCCGGCACCAGCUUCGGGCCGGCCCUAAACCCAAGCAGCGGGGGCGAGGGCCACGUAGCACCAACCCGCUUUUCAGCUCACUGCGAAGCGAAGACAGUGGCCAUUGAAGUUGUUUUCGACGAGCUGACAGGCGUAGCAUCCGCUGCUGGAUUCACGCUGUUUCAUCUGAAUGUGCAGACGGGGGCAUUGAAGUUGGCCCCAGAGGAAAGAGUCUCAAAACUCUUGGAUGGAGUGCAAUCGAAGUCUCACCGAGGGCGUCUGGAGCUGUCCUGCAAGAUCUUUGGACUCUUCGAAUGGCAAGUCGGGGUGCCUGUGCCGCCUAUUCUUGCGACCCUGGACGUGUUGGUGCAGGAUUCAACCUGCUGGCAAGAUACGCAAAUUCCCGAGGCACAUGUGGUGCAGACUCUCAGCGGUAUUUCAGAAGGAGACUGCCGUGGAGCUUGCCGCUCGGAUGUGCGAUGCGGGGCCUACAACUGGCAGUCAAAGAAAUGUAAUUUCCUUGCUCCGUGCGGCCCGAAUCCCGUUGCGGACUGCCAGCUCUUCACGGCGUACGUGAAGAUCACGAACUGUAGCGCUGAGCACACGUGCCUGAACCUAACCGGCUCGAAGCCAGUAUGGCUCUACAGUGGCCUCUUCUGUCCCAUCGCCUUCGAGAGGGCCGUGGUCGCUUCGGCAGGAUGGGUCUUCCGGAAGAGUGUGGCAACGCCGCAAGAUGUGUUCUAUUUGGCUCCCGAGACGAGCGAAGCCGCCAAGUGCGACGGUGGGCUUCUGUUGAUCAGGAGCAACAGAACCUGGGAUUUCGAGAAUACAAGCUCCAAGUACAUCGAGCUCUUUGGCGAGCACGUUGCUUGCCUCACGGCAGAUGUUCCACACGGCGUCGUGCAGGCCACCUUUGACAAAGGCAGGCAGGACUUGAAGAUCAAGAACGAGCAGACCUUCAUCGGCAAAGGCCUGCAGCUGACUUUGAAGCCGCAGGCGUGCCAGGCUCCGGUCCUGUCGCCAGAGAUGUCAGAAGCGCUGAUGGUCGACGAUCCGAGCACCACCACGGACAUGGACUAUACUCUCCAUGCUUGCGACUGCUUUCCCCAGAGCUGGACGGGCGACCCGGUGACUCCCAAGAGCGCUGGCCAGCUGCCGCCGGGCAGUGACAACGAGUACGUGCCGUUGGCCAUUGACAUUGCCAGAGGCUCGCUGGUUUGUGAGCAGGAGUCCUUGCUGGCGUUGUACAUGCUCGAUGCAACGCGCCAGGAGGAAUGUCACCAUGCCUGCCAGCUAAACACCAGCUGCCGAUUCUUCUGGGUCGGCUCAGCUGCUGCAGUUUCACAGUGUCGGCUCUACACAGCUUGUCAGACUUUGCUCACCGAGGCAGGUGCCAGUGGCACUCUGGCAGCUCGAUCAUGGGAGAAAGUCUGCCGCCGUGCGGACCCAGAGAAGUGCUGGGCCAGCUUUCGGCGGGGCUUCCUGUUCGCCAGGACAAGCACGUUUGGUCCUGGCGAUUGUGCUCACCAGGCCUUGCUGGAGCAGUGCGACGUUAACUUGAUGAUGGGCGGCGAAGGAGUGGAGGACUGCUCACGCUGCGUCUAUGCUUCUCUCGGCUCGGGGCGAAGGCGACGGUGGCAGCAGAAGCGUCAGCUCUCGGGCAACUUCGCUUCUGGGUCCCAGCUGGAAAUCUCUUGCUGGUCCGGGCGCUACGCUGCAGUGACCCCUUGGAAGGCUGGUACCCAGAGCAAGAGCUAUCGGCUGAGCUGCUCCGGUGGGAAGUGGUGGGGUCCCCAUGGUGAGCCCGGCUUCUCCGGCUUUGCAUGCGGGCCAUGUGUGCAGGUGGUGCAGCCGGACUAUGUGGGCUAUCAGGAGAAGGGCGAGCAAGAGCUGUUCUUCCUGCCCAACCUGGACCUCAACAUCGGCUUCGAUGCCUUGACACCUAUGGUCGUUUCCUCCACGGGCGACCUCGUCGAUGGCUCGCUGAAGGGAAGGCCUCGAAACGAGAGCAUCGAGGCCGGGCCUCAAGAGGACAGCUCGCUGCUGCAGUGGAGGGCCCGGGCUGAAAGCCGUGGAGCGGGCCCACAAGGAGCUAUCGGGGUUUGGAGCGUGCGCCACAAUCUUUUCAGCGAUCGCACCUUCCAGCUUAGCACGGGUCUGGUCAACAGCAAGUGCUUGGAAGGCUCUGCGCUCGAGUUUGACACGUCGGCCUGUCAGACGAGCUUUGUGGCCAAGCAGCAGUUCCAGCAUCCAUCGGUUCUGUCCACACUGGAACGGGCAGUCCAGACCAAGUUCCUCCGAAAGAGCCAGGUGCCGCCCAGGCAAGAUCCGAAGCAAGAAGGAUCGGACACGUUGCUGAAAUCCAGCUUCACUCGCGACUGUGGGAGUUUUGCACUGGCCAACCUGUCCUUCCACGAGGCCCCAGAGUUCACUGGCUGCGGCCUCGCUUCUGCUGCGGCAAUGCCCACUGCCACCCGGCUUUUCCACGUGGUGCCUUCAGUCAGGUUCUUGCAGCCAGACACGGGCCUAUGCUUCAACGUGAAAGAUCUGUCUGUGCUGAAUGAGCAGUACAACACUGACUUUGCACCGUGCGUGGAUGGUUACAACGACUUUUUUUGGAACGGGUCGCAGCUGGUUCUCCUUGCAAAGCCCACGCUAUGCUUUGGUAUGGGGCGUGGUACGCCUGUUGCGGAAAAGGUCAUCCUGCCGACCACCAUCGACUACUGUUCUUGGGAAGCAACGACGCAAUGGUCCGUGUCCAACGCGACCUUCCAGGGUGUUGGCAUGUGGAACUUCGGUUGCUAUAAUGCGAAGUAUGAGGAUUUUGACCACUGUACCUCCAUCCGCUAUAAACAGAUGCACAUGGUGGAUGUGGUCAACGAAAUCAAGUGUCCGCGUGACUCCGUUGUGAGCUACAUACACAAGGAUCCCAACAGCCUGUCCAUCAAGUAUCGAUGCAAUCGGAUGGUCUCCAUGGGCUCCUGUUUCCCGUACCAGACCCCGCCCUUCGAGAACUCCGGUGAGGCCUUCCUGCAGUCCCACGCAAGCUGUCCCCUGGGCUCCGGCCUCCAGGAGUUGCAGGUCGUGGAGUCAGCAGUUUCCGUGUCUUUCCGGAUUCUGUGUUGCUACAUGAGCCCGCUCGCCAUGGGCGCGAUCGUGACAGGCGGAGCGCCUCGUCUUCACAACUGGGAGGGCGCCUACUGCCCCUAUGAACGCGAUGAAAGUGGUCGAUUGAAAUACUCGCAGCAGUCCAGCUUCGGGCUGAGCAAAAGCGGUGAGCUGGCUUUCAACUGGUCCACGGGCCAGUGGUGUUUGACAGCCACGAUUUGGUUCAAGGAGACAGUGACCUGCGUGGAUAGCACGGUGGCAGAAGUCUUGGACGAUGGGGUGCUCCAUGGCCCAAGCUGGUCAGUGGUGCCGGUCACGGACUUCGACGGAGAAUACGUCGCGCAGGGUCCAAUUGAGCGGGACUUCUCGCCACCACGGCAGCCACCGAGGCCCAAGCCGACGUUGCUCACCUUCGCCUCCAGCGAAGCCCAGAUCGCGGAAGAGUGCAAGGAGCUGGUCCCGGACUGGGAGGAUGUCAGCAAAGAGUUGCCCGCAAGCAAUCCAUGCCAAUUCGUGUCGGGGAAGCCCUGGGCCAAGAACCCGAAGAAAGCGGCUCUGGAAGAUGAAGGCGAGGGCUAUGCCAGCUACUGGGACACAGUGAAUAAUGUUGGGGGCGCCGGCUUCAGCUACGAGCAGGUGUUGGAUUGCUUCGCUCGAGAGGAUGCGCGGAACCGAAUGGAUCUAGAGGACGAGUAUGAUGCCGCCAGAAUCGUCACAAGCUUGAACGAGGUGAACGUCUUUGUCCAUGGCGUCUGCUCUGCUAUUCCAUCUUCUGUCCUCUCCCCCUUCGGCUUCGGAUUGAUGGAGAACUGGGGAGACAUUUGCGGUUCUGUGUUUGAAAAAGGACUGGUCGAAAGCAGUACCUGGUUCACGGAAGCACGGACUGCGAGGGGCAUCUCUGAGCGCGCAGAUGCCGCUCAGAAUGACUGCAUCGGUGCGGCUGCUGCAUUCGCCCGGGUGGUCUGCGACCUCCACUGCGUGAAGGAUGCCAUCCAAAGCGGCAAUUUGGCGGUGCGCCAGUCCUUAGAGCAGGCCGUUGCGGUGCUCAACAGGAACUUCGACCUCCUGACCGAGUACUCGACCGAGAAGUUGACUUCCAAGUUGGAUGCCUUGAAGGACGAGAUCAGCGACUUGAGCCCAGACGCCGGCGGCGGCCUGGACCUGCAGGGCAUCCGGAGGUCGCUGAACUCGAGGCUGGCGCGUCUGCACAAGCUCCUGUCCUUUGGUCGGCUUAGCCCUGCGGGGCGCUCCUCCUCGGAGCGAGCCCUCCGGAGCUUCAUGGCCGGCCUGGAGCCCUCUGGGUCCAAUGCCAGCCUGCAGCACCUGAUCGACAAGGAAGACCUGCUGCAUGGCGCCCUGCUCUCCGCCAGUGGACAGGGCCUGGAGCGAGGUAGCCAUGCGGUGGCGGAAGAGGUGGCUGCUGCUGCCAGGGCCAUGGAGACCCUGUCGCGCUCCCGGAAUCAUCUGCUUGGCGUCUACCACCACCGCUCGGACGAGUGGAAGCAGCGGCAAAGAAAGCAGCGUGCGUCCAUCCGACUGAGGGAGGACAGCACCGCUUGGCUGCUUGUGGAGCUCGACAGCACAUGGUGGCAGCUGAGAGCUGCUUUCGAUAAGUACCUGACGCAAGCCAAGAGCUAUUCAUUGGCUUUUUCCGACGCAGUGAAACUCCUCCAGUCGUACAUCUCUUGCUCAAUCCAGUUUGUGGAUCUACGCGCAGGCUACAGGAUCUUUCAGAAGGUGGAGGCUCUCCACGAGGAGGCGCUGCAGGAGGCUUGGUCAGCUAUGAUACCUCUGGCAGGCCUCCUGGUCUCCAAGGUUCUGGAUAGCCGGGCCAUGACCAAGCUGAGCAAGGAGGAUUCGGAGACGCUCCAUUUGUUGGGCCUGAGCUCCGAGAGCUGCGGAAGCUUCGACGCUGUCGUGAACCGAAGCUUCGACGAGGGCCUCUCCGGUCAGACGGCCCGGCAAAUGAGCAUCCUCUUGAAGGAGCUCGGGCUGCUGCGGAGAGCCUUCGAAGCCAAAGGCGCCGCUCCUCAGGAUCCAGAGGUCUUGGAGCAGUUGCUGGACCGCACGCGGGAAGCCAUGGAGGAGAGACUCGCGGUACGGCGAGUCCUGGCUGAGCGCAUGCGGCAACAGCUCUGUGGCAAUCACUCGCGGGGAUCUCCGAUGGUGGCGCGAAGUGAAACGUAG